UACGAUGGUGUUAAUAAAACUCCUCACAUUACAACUAAACAACAGCCUGGGAAAUUUGUCCUGCAUAUUAAAAAAACUGAGCUUAGCGAUACUGGGCUUUAUUACUGUAUAAAUGUAGACCAACUUCACAUGACAUUAUUGAAAGGAAUAUUUCUGAGGAUUGAAGGUAAAUAAAAGUCAGCAAUCAAAGGAUUUACAUGUCUAAAUGUUAUCAUCAGUUAAUCUGUUUACAUUCAACACUAUUUAUUACAGCAGGUUUCUAUAUCCAUAGUUUAUAGAAAAGUGUUUUUGUAUAUAUAUAUAUGAAUAUGUGUAACUGUAAAGUAUGUUCAUCAUUUGUAUUUUCAAUUCCCCAGGACCAAAACCUGACAUCACAGCCAUCAUUCAAGACUUUCCAUCUGAUCCAGUCCGUCCAGGAGACUCUGUGAAUCUCCAGUGUUCAGUCUUCUCUGGCUCAGAGACUAAAACAUGUCUAGAAGAACACAACGUGUACUGGUUCAGAACUGGAUCAAAUGAAUCUCAUCCCAGUUUUAUUUAUGCUCAUGGAAACAGUGCUGAUGAAUGUGAAAAGAGUCCUGAGGCUCGUUCUCCACAGAAAUGUGUCUACAGCUUCUCCAAGAAGGUCCGCUCCUCUGAUGCUGGGACUUAUUACUGUGCUGUGGCCACAUGUGGGGAGAUAUUAUUUGGAAAUGGAACAAAACUGGACAUUGAAGAUUCAGUCGUCAGCAGGUGUGAUUUACAGAAGGCUAAUACAGUUAUCGUUCUGCUGUGUGCUGUGUUGGCCAUAAGUCUGGUUGUAACAGCCUUCCUCAUUCUGACCAUCAAGAAAAAAUCAUGUGAUUGUUGUAACGCUGCCGCUGCUCUGCAAACACGUUCUGAAACAACCAGUGAUAUUGAACAGAUAUAUGAGGACUUGUUGGUUUAUUCUGCACCAACCAAGAAGACGACCGGCAAAACAGGGAAAAGGAACACAAUGGCAGCGAAGGAAAAUUGUGUCUACACGAAUGUUUACUACUUACUUAAAAAACAGAAAUGAAUUUUAUAAUUAAACAUUUUGGGACAGUCUAUCACUGCUUUUUACAUUUUGUUUAAUUUUUGUGCAUCUUUUUUUCAUCACAUUCCUCAAAGAAGCUUGUGAAGAUUCAUCUUAAAUGAGUCAUGAGGACGAUUUCCUAUUCGCCUCCUUAUCUGAUCUGCAUUUUUAAGGUUUGAAUGAUUCCCCUUUACCCACAUCUAUUAUCAAUGCCAU